GAGGAGCAGGGCCUUGCUCGCCCGCCUUCCCCUCCUCAUUCCCGGCGAGGCCCAGCGAUGCCAUGGUGCUGCCGCAGCCGCUCCCCCUCCGCGCCGCAGGGCUGCUUCUCCUGCUGGCGGUGCCGUGGUGUGGGGCGCUGGUGUGGUACACGGCGUGGGUGAGCACGGCCUACACGGAGCCCGGCACCAACCGCACGGUGUGGGGCCGCGGUGAGAGCGGGCGCUACGGGGCGGGCUCGCCCAAGGUGAGCGCGCAGGGCCUGGUGGGCAUCCCGCGCGGCGGGGCGGCCCGCGCCAUGGAGGGCUGCGGGCCCGGCGCGAGCUUCCACGUGCCCGGCGCGCGCGGCCCCGCCCCGCCGCCCCACGCCUGGAUCGCCCUGCUGGCCCACGGGGGGUGCAGCCUGGCCGAGAAGGUGGGCGCCGCCGCCGGGAAGGGAGCCGCCGCCGUCGUGGUCUACAACGAGCCCCGCUUCGGGAACUCCACCUUCUCCAUGCCACACUUGGGUACUAGCAAUACAGUUGUAAUUAUGGUUGGCUACCCAAAGGGAAUGGAAAUCUUGGAGCCAGUGCGAAGAGGAAUUCCAGUAAAAAUGACUAUUGGUGUUGGUAAACAACAUGUACAAGAAUAUAUCAGUGGACAGUCAGUUGUCUUUGUGGCAAUUGCAUUUAUCACCAUGAUGAUUAUAUCUUUAGCGUGGCUUAUAUUUUUUUAUAUACAACGCUUCCUCUAUGCUGGAUCACAUUUUAGAAACCAGAGCCACAGAGAAGAAACAAUGAAAGCAAUCGGCCAUCUGUCACUGCAUAUUGUUAAGCCAGAAGAUAAGGGUUUGGAUGUCAAUGCAGAAAAUUGUGCUGUGUGCAUUGAAAACUAUAAAACAAAAGAUAUAGUUCGAAUCCUGCCUUGCAAACAUGUAUUCCAUAGGCAUUGUAUUGAUCCCUGGUUAUUGGAGCACAGAACAUGUCCAAUGUGCAAACUAGAUGUCAUCAAAGCUUUAGGAUAUUGGGGAGAACCCAAAGAAGAUGCAGUGCCUGAAUCUGUAAGUGGUAGCAUAUCAGCUGAGAGUUGGAGUAUGGUUAUACAAGAAGAGGACAGAAAUGAAUCAAGUGAAAUAUCAGCAUCUUCUACUGAUGAAUCCGUAAUAAAUAUAAGAAGUUUAAAAGAGGAGGCGGGUGAAACAACAGCUUUACUUGAAACAACUUGUAAAGAUAAUCCACAUGAAGAACACCUGUCUAGUGGAAAUACUUAGUGAAAGCUUGACUUGGACUAAAAGCUGAAGAUUUAUUUUAUUGUUAUUUAUAUGGUAUGGACUAGUGCCUGGCCUAAGAAAUGUAUUAAUUUCCUAAUUCUAUUUAAAAAGGGCUGAAAACUAAGUAUUCUGUACCCUAUACAAAAUAUCAUAAUCCUAUUCUGAUUCUUAUCGAAGAACGGGAGCUGAACCAGACUGAGUGGGGAGAUGAAAGAAGGAAAAUAUAUACAAAUACAUAGGUUUUUAAUGUUUCCUGACACGUAUUGAGCUUACUGCUCUUUUCUACAGUUGCUUUGAAACACUUGUAAUUUUUUUUAAAAAGGAUUUUGUUUCUUUGUUUUUGUGGGUAUAGAAACCCAUAUGAAGGGAACCUGGUUUGUCAUGAAAAUAGGAAAGUUUCCCUGAGAAAGAACAAAUUUCUGUAGAGUAUUUAAAAAGACCAUUCCUGGAAGAAGUACACUGUUUAACAAACAGACAAUAUUUAUAUUAUAUUGUAUCACAUGUAGCAUAUAUGUACCACUGGUGGUCUUUUUAAAAAGUGUAUUGAAUAUAUAUAGACCUCUUCAAACAUG